AUGGAAACGUCAAAAUUGGAAAUCAAGAAGACUGUGUAUUUGAGCACAAGCACUUUUCGCUUGACAUACGGGCGAUCGGAACAAUCACAACGGAGUUAA